UCUUUUCGGGUGAAAACUUGUCACUAAUAAAGUCGGCAGAGAUAUGGAGAAGACAGUAGUGGCAUUAGCCUCCGCCAACUGGCGCAAGCCGUUAUCUCCACACGAUCAGAAUAUACCGCAAAUCAACAUGCGUCGGAGACGAGGAACCUCGAGUACUGAUACCGAAAUCGGCGUGGCUGAAAUCGCUAGCAACUGGCGGAAGCCCGUGGCCGGUGUCGCCCCUUUUCAAACCGCGACCGAUCCCGUAUCAAGAGACAAUAGUCAUGCCUCAAUCAAGGAAAGCGGCAUGGUUGAUGGCGUGACGCAAUGUGCCCUGGUAAAUGUCGUACCUUUUCAUAGUCAGAGCAAGAGUUCCAUCUAGAAGAAGGUUCCUGACUCAGUGGUUUUGGACGUUUUUAUUCACGAAUGCACCGAUCUCAACUGCAAUGAACACAAUAGCAUGUUCAACAACGCAGAGAUACGCAGCAUUAGAAAUGCGAACCGUUUCAAAUCGCAAACUCGGCCUGAUAACCUAGCCGAGUUCAGUAAGCAAUUAGAGGGGGCCGGAAUCACGCCUCGGAAGUCUUCCAUGACUGAUCUCUUACGUCCUUGCAAGCACGAAGAGAGCGAUGACUCUAGCCACAAGAACCACUCUCCAGAUCUGCAGAAAGAGAAAAUUCUGAGUAACUCGGCCGUCAUUCACGACCCAGCAAUUGUCAACAUUGGUUUCCGGGACACCAAACCGAGUUAUAGCGGCUCCGGACACAAUCAAGAUGAUCGCUUUCAGGGGCUUUUACGGAAGCUCCAGCGGCCUUUGCAAGGCGAACAGUCAAAACACAAGGUCACCAGGGAUGACGGUACUCGUCCAAGACAUUAUUCCGAAGAUUCUGGUAUAGAUACCAGAGGGCCGCACAAGGCUCGAACUCUCAACCCACUAGCAAGGGAAUUUUCCACCUUUGCCCCUCAGACAUCCUCAGCUACAGCAGACACGGCCGAAGAGAGGGACAGGAAAACCAUUAUCUCUCUUCUGGAGCAGAUAGCGAGCAAGACUCUCAGUAAAGCUCCCGAGCAAGAUCCGAACGAGAUGUUUGCCAACAUAAUCGCAAAGUUUGGCAUCCAAGGAACGCAACCUUUUCCGCCGUUCAACUUCACACCCUCCGUGCCAAGACCAAUAUUGUAUCCGUCGCUUUUCCAACAAGUCCCUCCAGCAUCUCCUAUUCCAGCUUUUGGUCUACAGAACAAUAUUAUGGCACCUCCACUAGGCAUUUCGACCCAAAUGCCUGCCGCACCAUUCAAUCCACCUGCUCCAGGUUUUGCACCAUCAUUUGCACACAACACAACCGGUCCCCCUCUGAUGCCCCUUGGUUCACCGUUCAAUCCGAUUCGGCCUACUCUACCCUCAUCUGCCCAUGACUCUGAUUCAAGCAACGUUGCCCCAGCUGUUGGUUUUGCUCGACAGAUGGCCAAAAGUCUGGCAUUGCCUACUCCCGGGCCUUGUACCGCUCCGUUCCCAACACAAACACCGGUAAUACACCACGGGUCUGUGUUGAACGCGAAUGCUCCUGUGUUCGGUCCUGCCAUGGCGCCCAGAUGCGCUGCCAAACCACGAGUCCCUGACACGGCUGGCCAGCAGAGUUACGAGGCGUACAUCGAGUGGCGUAAAGCAAACGAGCCUGGCUAUGCCCUUGAAUGCAAGGCAAGACAAGCCAAGAGAGCACUUCGACCUAUUCCUGGCUGAUUCCAUGAGUCGGCUGUGGUCUUGUCAUCUCAAAGAUUUGGCUAUGGAGAGCAUUGGAGCACGGAGCAUACAUCAGUGGACGGGACAGUUCCAUAUCAGCUGGCAAAUUCUGGCUUUCUCAGAUCAAUUCUGAAUUGUAGUUUUACGGCGAGAUAUUCUCAUAUCGAUCGUUGGAGGGUGGCAAGGG